UGUGCGCAUGCGUAGUAGUGUGCUUUUGAACUGCCUGUUUACAGUCGGCGAAUGGUUAAAAUAAUAACACUACGAUACGGACCCAUGGGUUAAGAUGAUCAGAAAGACAGGUGGAGACAGCCUGAAUUUGGGAAUAACAUGAAUCAGCGGUGUCGGUGACGCGGUCUCCGAGGUUAAGGCAACUUUGAUCGGCAGGAAUCUUUGAGACCGUUUAGAACGUUUUCAUACGUUUUCCAUGCGUGCCUGUAAUCCACGGCUUGUCCAUUAUCUGUCAUUUAUUGUCUCGUUUUAGUUUAAAACUCAUCAUUAAUCCCCCUACGGUGACCGGAGGAUGGGCUGGCCAGAACGGGCGACAGGAAACGGUAGACGCCGCCGGUGUUGUACCGCUUACAAAGCUUUGACAGGGAAAACACUUUCUCCAUAGGGAUGCGAAACUAGGUUAUUGCAAAGGGUUAUUAACAUACUUAUUUAUAACCGAAAUUCAUUUUAAAGAUAUUAAAUACGGGCAAUGUGUGUGUAUUAAUCAGGUUUCCAUUUUGUAAUAUCUGGCUUUGUGAAAGCGAGAUAACAACUAGAGCACUUGACAGCCGGAGAAAAGGACCCGUGUAAACAAGUGUUAUUUGCAUAGAAUCCAGGGUGUCAUGCCCUUUGAGUUGAGACGUGUUGCACACUCCGUUACGAGGACUGAACCAUUGCACGGAGUGCAGAGAUAGUGGUGGUUAGGCGACAUACUGAAGGGGUCUCUCGUGUAUUUCGCAGGCUUUGGAUCAGUUCGAUUAUCGAUCAUUAAUUGCUGGUGGUGUCACACGCCUCUCCCAUCGCAGCAGAUAGUUGUUAGGCCUCUUGCUCAAGAAUGCCUACAUGUAGGCUGCCGACAUGUGGUUUGAACCCACAACCUUAUGGCUGGGGGUCAAACACACUAACAACUCUAAAUCGGCCUCAACUCUUCUCAACAUUUCAUUUGAACCGCAACAAAGUUGGAGGAAAACCGAUUUAAACCAUGGCUACGGCGAGGGUAGAGCAACCAGCACGGAGCCCCGGGGCGGAGCGAGCAACCCCGGGGGCCCUAGCCCAGGAUGGGGCCCUAGCCCAGGAUGGGGCCCGCGGCUGGGUGAUGGUCGGGGCCUUGUUCGUGUGCUCCACGCUGGUGUUCGGGCUGAUCCGGAGCCUGGGGGCGUUCUUCGUGGAGUUUGUGCAGUACUUCCAGGAGAGUGCCCAGGCCAUCUCGUGGAUCACCUCCAUCGGCGUGGCAACACAGCAGCUCUGCAGUCCGCUGGGGACGGCGCUGUGCAACGCGUACGACGCCCAGCGCGUGGUGAUGGCGGGGGGCUUCCUGGCCAGCCUGGGCCUCAUCCUGGCCUCGCAGGCCCGCUCGCUGCCCCACCUCUACCUCACCAUGGGCCUCACCUCAGGCCUGGGCUGGUCCUUGGUCUUCACCCCCAUGGUGGCCACAGUCAUGGCCCACUUCACGCGCCGCCGCACCCUGGCCCUGGGCGUGGGCUUCACGGGCGUGGGCGUCUCCUCCUUCGUGUUCGCCCCGCUCUUCCAGUACAUGCUGGACAACUUCGGCUGGCGGGGCUCGCUGCUCAUCCUGGGGGGACUCAGCCUGAACAUCGUGCCCUGCGGAGCACUCAUCCGCCCCACGCGCAAGAAGGCCCCCCCGCGCCCCAAGGCUGGGGGCAAGGCGGACAACGGCGGCGGCGGCGGCGGUGGCGCCUCGGCGUUCCGGAGCCUCCUGCGGCGGGUGUACCGCUACCUUGAGCUGUCGCUGCUGGCGCACGGGCCCUUCCUCACCUACACGCUGGCCAUCACCUUCUUCAACGCGGGCUACUUCGUGCCCUACGUCCACCUGGUGGCGCACGGCCGGCAGGCGGGCUACUCGGAGUACCGCGCCGCCUUCGUCAUGUCGGCCACGGGCGCCGCCGAUAUCGUGGGCCGGGUGGCGGCGGGCUGGCUGACGGACCUGGGCCGCGCCCGCCUCGUCCACAUGCUGACGGGCUGGACGGGGCUCACGGGCGUGUUCAUCGUGCUCAUGCCCCUGGCGUCGGUGGCGGGCUCCUAUGGCCUGCUGCUGGGCUUCGGGCUGGGCUACGGCUUCUGCGCCGGCGCCCUGACCUCGCUUGUGUUCGCCGGCGUGCCCGAGAUUGUGGGCAUGGGCCGCAUGGUGGGAGCCCUGGGGCUGCUGUCCAUGCUGGAGAGCGUGGGGGGGCUGCUGGGCCCGCCGCUGUCAGGUUAUCUCCGCGACCGGACAGGAAGUUACAUCACCUCCCUGGUGGCGGCGGGCUGCUGCUUCCUCCUGGGCUCCCUGAUCUUAACCACCCUACCUCACUACUUCUCUUGGACCGGCCCGCCGCCCCCGCGACCACCGGACGGCGACGGCCAGGAGGAGCGCCAGGACGCCGGGGCCGGCCUGCUGGGCAGCCCCGCGUCGGGCAGCACCAACGGGACGGCCAGCAAGGACUCGGACCACAGCCAGACCUGCCUGGCCUGAGGGUCGGGGCAGCACCAACGGGCCGGCCAGUAAGGACUGGGAUCACAGCCGGGCCAAUGACUCAAACAGACGGCGGUUGCGUCAAGCGAAAGAAAAAUAAUAACUGAAGGGGAGUAAACGCAGAGUGCAUAUCCAAUGUCGUCAGGCGACCAAUCAAAACAGUCUCGUCGGCAUCAUUACACUUCUGCUGCAGUCGAUCGUUAUCUUAUAAACAUGGUCCUUUCCUGUCAUAUUCAGCGCACAAUGAGCCAGUCCUCGUGUCUCUGUCUGAUUGUGUCCUAUAACCCCACGACGCGGACGGUGACUGGCAGCCAAACUUAAUGAAGUGUGUGUGUGUGUGUGUGUGUGUGUGUGUGUGUGUGUGUGUGUGUGUGUGUGUGUGUGUGUGUGUGUGUGUGUGUGUGUGUGUGUGUGUGUGUGUGUGUGUGUGUGUGUGUGUGUGAGAUCUCAGGGUUGUUUUCCAGUAACUAGCCAUCGGCUGAACAUAUUGUAUGAAGACACUUGGGUGGCGCUCUGCUUCUGUGACUAAUAGCUUUUUACUGCAUCAAGGAAGCGUUUUUACAUCCACACUUGUUUUGUACUGAGUUUGUUGUAAAGGUUUUGAGUAAAGCAAGAAGAAAUCAGAUUCACACACAAAACAUUCAUAUUUUCUUAGUGGUUUACAAAAUUCACAACUUCACUCCUCUACUGUUUGAGUACUUGUUGACAGCAAUCUGUGCAUCAAUCUGUAUGCUAUAGGAAUUUUCUACAGCAAAUAAAGUAUGCUUGUUGUUUCACACCGAUGUGCAACACGAAGA